AGCUUUGACUCUAUGAACAAAUGCACCCUUCACACACAGAACAGGGGAGGUCAGUCUGCUUAAGUCAUCCAGUACUGCCUUUCCAGCAUCUGGGAAACUGAACGUUGCACAUCCAUUUGCUUUUCUGCAUUCCCUGCACAAAUUUCAAAGGACUGUAACUUGGUGGCUGCAUGCAAAUCAGGCGAAAACUAAGAAUCCUCAACCUAAACAAACAGCGGGGGCUGGCAUUUCAUUAUAUUUCUCGCGUGUCUCUGGGAGAAGGAUCCCAAUCAUGGUCUCUCCAAGGCUGUUGACAUUGCUGCUUCUAACUGAAGUAUUUGGACAAGCCCAACGCAUGACUCAAGAUGCAUUACUGAUGCAGUAUAUCGAGAGACGCAUCAUACUCCUUGAGGAAAGGCUAGAGAAAUGCAACCAAGACAUGAACACGAAUGUCAGGGAGUUCAGAGACUUCCGGAAAGAAAUCAUGUUCCGUUUGGAUGGACUGAGCAUUUACAAAACCGAGUUCAAGAAUGAGAUGGAGGUUAUGGGAUCCAGGAUCGAGAGGAUGGAGAAGGACAUUGACUACCUGGAGGCUCAGCAGCCCACACAACCGUGCGUGGAGAUCGAUGACAAGCUGGUUGAAGCGGAAAUCCAACGGGAACAGAAGAGGAGAGCUAAGUUCCGCAUGACUUCAGAUUGUGACAACAUGCUCACCAGCUUCAAGUCUCUGAAGAUCGUGAAGAAGGCGGGCGAGGCCCAGGGCUCCUGGAUAAAGGACCCGGUGCGAGACUUCCACAAGAUCUAUUUCUUCAGCGGGACGAGCGGCAACUCUUUCAUGGUGUUCGUUGGCAUCAGGGCCUUCAUGGACAGUACGGGGAGGCAGGCGCCCAAGAGGGUGACGCUGCCACUGGCGUGGCAAGGGACGGGCCACGUGGUCCACAAUGGCUUCCUCUACUUCCACUCCAAUGGCACGCUCAACCAGAUCAUCAAGUACGACAUGCGGAACGGGACGGCGAGCGACCGCAUGCUGCUGCAGGGGGCCGGGCGGAUCCCCGCCUACCAGCUCACGCCCGGCACCUUCAUCGACCUGGCGCUGGACGAGCAGGGCCUCUGGGCCAUCCACGCCGAGCCGGAGAACAGCGGCGACGGCACUAUCGUGCUCACCAAGUUGGACCAGGGCAACCUGGCGGUGGAGCACACCUGGGACACCUCCUGCACCAGCAAGGGGGCCGAGGCAGCCUUCGUGCUCUGCGGGACCCUCUACGUGGUCUACAACACCCACUUCGGCGGCCGCUCCCACGUCCAGUGCAUCUAUGACGUUGUUGAUACGGUGACCAGCGCCGACAUCCCCGCCCUGUAUUUCCCCAAGCGUUACGGCAAGCACUCUAUGAUCCACUACAACCCUCGGGAGCAGCAACUCUAUGCCUGGGAUGAUGGCUACCAGACCAUCUACAAGCUCAACACCAAGAAGAAACUUCAGGAACCUCCCAGUUUCAAAUAGCUUCCAUCAUAUUUUUAUAGGCGCUUAUGUGAAGAGGCCCAAAAUUAGUGACCAAUGUUAAACAUGCUUCAGACAAUCACUUUUGUCUAGCUUCCCAAACCUGCAAUCCCAACCAAAUUGUUCUUUGGUUAAUAGCCUUAUAUCUCUAAAUCUACAGAGCACAAGGCAGGAGUGUGAUACAAUACUCUCCCCUGCAUUGAGUGCAGCACCCACCAACUCUUGUGAGUAUUAAGAAGGGACAUGACCCAGAACGUCAUCUAUCCAUGUCCUGAGAUGCUGCCUGACCCACCGAGUUACUCCAGUACUUUGCAUUUAACCCUCGAGAAGCUUGACACCAUCAAAGCUCCAACCACUGCUCCCUCCAUCCCUGGUUCAUGGUGUUUGCUCACCCAGACCACUCCAAAAGCACGUCCCAAAGCCAUGAGAUCUACCAGCAUGAAGGACAAAUGCAACAGGCACACGAGAGUACCAUCGCCUGUAGGAUCACCUGCCAGGCACACGCCAUCCUGACCUGGAAACGUAACGCCAUUUCUUCAACCUCACUGGGUCUAGAUCAUGGAACUCCCUCCCUGGCAGCUGGUCUACACUGUGUCCGGCUGGUAGAGCCACUGCUUCACAGAACCAGAGACCAGGGUUCGAUCCUGACCUCCGGCUAUUUUCUGAGUGGAGUUUGAAGGUUGAAAGGUUAUUUUAUUGGUCACAUACACCUAGGUGGAGUGAAAUGCUUCUUGCCAAUGCAGCACAUAAAUAAAUAAUACAGACAUAACAUUAAUAAGAGAUUUAAAGAUAAAAACAUCCCCCCACAAUGGUUUCCAAUAUGAGGGAAGGCACAAAGUCCAGUUCCCAUCCCAUGUCCACCCAUAGUCGGGCCUAUUGAGGCCUCCGCAGUUGCCUUUAGGGAGGCCCAAUGUUCCAGGCCGUUCUCGCCGGGUGAUGGUGUUCCGCAGUCGGGAGAAUCCGCUCAGCGGCUUGUGACACCUGGAACGGCUGCUUCCCUUACCGGAGACUGCGGCUUCCGAAGCCAACAAGGCCGCGCCGGAUGGAGCUCCACAACUGGCGAUCUCGGCGAGAGAUCACAGGCUCCCGAUGUAAAGUUCCACGCCCGCGGCUGAUCGCUCCACAGGCCCACAGCUCCGCGAUGUUUUUCUCGGCGGUCUCAGCGCGGAGACCCGGGCAAGGCAUCGCCCGCUCCGCAAAAGCGCUCCAGCGCUGUGCCGCCGCCGAAGCCGAGGUUCUGGGCGGUCCCCUCAUGCUCUUCCUGUGACCGUGUGGGUUUCUGGUUUCUACAAAAAAUUGCCCCCAGUGUGUGGUAGAAUCUAAUGAGAAUGUGGGGAGAAUAAGAUGGGAUUCAUGGGAUUAUUUAAUUAAUCCUGAUGAAUUAAUUCACGUUUAGUGGUGAAUGGGUGGUUGAUGAUCGGCACGGACCCAGUGGUGCUGCACUUCUCUAUCUCAAUCUAUCAAAUCUGACCAGCGAGAAUAUUGUUUGUUUCGGAGUUUAGAAGGAGGGACUGGGUGACAUAAGCAACCAUGAGCCAACGCGUUUAUGUUCUGUUCUCUUUCUCCACCAUGCACCAUGCAUAGAUGUAGAUAAAAUUAUGGGGAAUCAAUAGGAUAGACUGUCAGAACCUUUCUAAGCCGGCAUCAUAGUUCCUUCCUCCACAUCAUAGUUGCUGCAGUUACCGCUGCGUGGUAUUCAAUAACCUCGCGGUUGCUUGGAAGAAGCUGUUCUUGAACAUGGUGGUCACAGUUUUCAAGUUCCUCCACCUUCUACCCGAUGAUGGGCAGUGAGAUAAGAGUGUGGCCAGGGUGGUAUGGGUCUUGGGCGAUAUUGGCUGCCUUUUUGAAGCAGCACCUCCUGUACAUCGCUUUGAUGGUGCAGAGGACAGUGCCUGUGAUGGACCGGGCAACGUCUACCACUCUCUGUAGUCUCUUUAAUUCCUGAACAUUUGAGUUGCCCAACCAGGCCAUUAUGCAACCAUUCAGUACGCUCUCAACUGUAUACCUGUAGAUCUGUACAAAUUUCCAAGAUGUCCCAAGGAUGUGAAGCAUGCUUCAGCAAAUGUAAAUCAUUUUAUCUUUCUUCAUCACUGUCAAUAAAAUAAUUAAGAGCACUGCAACUACCUGUAAA